CAUCACAUGCCGUCGGCAUAAGAAAGCUUCAUUACAAUAGUGAUUGUCGGAGGAUACAAGCGGAAUAUUCUCGCUUUUUCCUGCGUUCUGAAUUUUGAUACGAAAUAUUAAUUAUGGCAGACACGAAGGUUGACUCCGCGACAGAAAUCUCCGCAAAGGACCUGAAGGAGAAGAAGCUCCUUGAGGAGAAGGAAAAUGGAAAAGAUGCCACUAAUGGAAAGGAGAAUGAAGAAAAUGGAGAGCCUGAAAUUGAUGAUGACGAGGAUGAUGAGGUGGAUGAGGAAGACGAAGAGGAAGGAGAGGGUGAUGAAGAUGAGGACGAGGAUGAAGAUGAUGACGAGCUAGGUGGAUUACGGCAGGGGUGAGAACGCGCUGAUCGGUCGGGGGCUUCAGGGCU